AUGAAAGCCUUUCUCAUCCAAGAGUUCGUCUCCAACCCUUCCACCAUCAAACCCUCAAACGUGCCCACCCCCGCCCCCAACCCAGAUCAAUAUAUCAUACGCAUAAUCCACUGCAGCCCACAGCACGCAGACAUCCUCCAUGCCCAAGGCAAACAUCAAAACAAUAACCGCAAGAAAGGAUGGUGUUUCCCACCUUUCAUCCUUGGAUAUGACUUUGCAGGUGUCGUACAGACGACGCCUUCCAAUGGCUCGAGCAGUAGGCUAAAGAAAGGUGAUAGAGUCUUUGGUGCAGCUAUUGGAGCCUUUGCCGAGUGUAUCUGCGUUAGCGAGAGCGCGAUAAGGAGGAUACCGGAUCGACUGAGCAAUGAGACGGCUUGUGCGAUGUCCGGACAGGCUGUGAGUUAUGCUGCUGUGGUGAAUAUCGCUAAGGUCCGGAAGGAGGAUACGGUACUGGUUAGUGGGGCUAGUGGUGGGUUAGGAAGUGUCUGUUGUAUGGUUGCCAAAGUUCUGGGGGCAAAGGUCAUUGCACUUGCUGGUGAUGAGACGAAGGCUGGGCAUAUGAGGAGGGAUAUGGGUGUGGAUCAUGUAGUCGUUGAGAACGAUGGGUGGAUCGAGCAGGUGCUGGAUAUCACUGGUGGACAAGGUGUGGAUGUUGUGCUGGAUAAUACGGGUAUGGUCAACGAUGCUAUUCGCUGCCUGGCGUACUUUGGUAGGAUCGUGAUCUUGGGCUUUGCGGCACGGAAGGGUGUUAUGGAGGAGGUCAAGAUGAAUAAGCUUUUGCUCAAGUCGGCUACAGUGGUGGGCUAUAGGUUUGGUGAGAGCGGAAGGAGGUAUCCAGAUGAAUUACAGAAGAUCUGGGAUGGCUAUCUGGGGUUGCUGGAGAGUGGGAAGCUCAAGCCGAUGCUUUUCCGCAAGUAUGAAGGUCUGGAUGAUAUGGGUAGGGCAUUGGGAGAUCUCGCGGAGAGGAGAGUGUACGGUAAAAUCGUAGUGAAGGUGGCGGACGUUGAGACGAGCUCGAAGCUGUGA